AUGCAGCAUCCUCCGCCGCUAUUUCCUUUUCCAAUUCCCAGCCCUGAAAAUAGUAAAAGAAACUGUGUCAUAGCUUUCACCACUCCUCAAAACUACGCACCAAGGUUAUCUGAUCUCAUACGCCUCAAAGGCUGGACACCCCUUUGGUGUCCAACCGUCAUUGUUGAAUCUUCACAGCAAACAGUUUCUUCAAUUCAUCACCGCCUGUCAUUUCUUGAAGAGUUUUCAGCUCUUGCAUUCACUUCAAGAACUGGCAUCACGGCUUUUUCUGAAGCUCUGUCGAUUAACCCCACGCCCCCAUUAACCCCGAAUGGAGAUAUUCUUACGGUUGCUGCUUUGGGUAAGGAUGCUGAGCUGCUGGAUCAAGAUUUCAUUGGGAAAAUGUGUGAAAAUUCUGAAAGGAUACGAAUCUUGGUUCCUCCAAUUGCGACUCCAUCAGGGCUAGUGGAGGCAUUGGGAGUAGGAAAAGGAAGGAAAGUGUUGUGUCCAGUUCCGUUGGUGAUUGGUUUGGAUGAACCACCAGUUGUCCCGAAGUUUCUUGAGGAUUUAUCGAAGAGGGGGUGGAUUCCAGUGAGAUUAAACGCGUAUGAGACGCGAUGGGCUGGGGCGAAAUGCGCGAUGGAUGUGGUGAUAAAGAGUGAAGAGGAGUGUGGAUUUGAUGCCAUUGUGUUUACCAGUACUGGAGAAGUUGAGGGUUUGUUGAAGAGCUUGAAGGAAUUUGGAUUGGAUUGGUCAGUGGUGAGGAGGAGGUGUCCAAGGAUGGUGGUGGCAGCUCAUGGACCUGUUACAGCUGCUGGUGCUGAGAGUUUGGGUGUUGGUAUUGAUGUGGUAAGUUCAAAUUUUGGUAGCUUUGAUGGUGUUGUUGAUGCACUCUAUCAUAAAUGGAAAUCAUUGGAAAAUCAAGAAUCUUGA